AUGGUGGGGUACGGUCAGUGUGUGCUGCCGCCUCCACUCACAAUGUUCCUACCCCUGGUCCUCGCACUGCUGGCCGUCCUCACCGCCCCCGCCGCCGCCUCCACCGCCCCCACCGACAAUGAUACGACGGGGCCCCUCAAGGUCCUGUCACGAGCCUUCGACAAGUGCUCAGCUGAUCCUGAUAUGUACUCAUGUCUUAAGCUGAGAGCAGUAAACCUCCUGGACAGAGCGCUGUCGUUGGACUCGCUGCCGGUGUCCGAGUUCCUGGCUGUAGUCAAGGAUCCCAAAUUGUCGGACGCUGGGGCAGACCCGAAGGUCGCCGAUGUAGAGGCCUCCCUCCCUCGUGACCUGGGACAGAAGAACUCCGCCCUGGACAAGAUGAUCUCUGACCGCAUCAACAAGUACCUGGAGACUAGGACUAUCCAGCUCAACGUGCCCUCCGAUAUAUUUGAAGGGCGACAAAAGGUGUUCAAGGGCUACAAGAGCAAGGGUAGUGGCGGAGUGUUCUUGGUGUUCGGAGCGUUCGCCGCCAUGUUGCUGCAGCUAGCGCUAGGCAAGAUCGCGCUGAUAGCAGGCAAGGCGCUGCUGGUAGGCAAAGUCGCGCUGCUGCUGGCAGGUAUCAUCGGCCUCAAGAGUCUUCUCAGCCACAAUCACCAGCCACACUCUUCUCAGGUAAUCUACGCUGAGCCCGAGCAUCAUGGGGGAUGGGGUCGUAGCAUGAGUAGUGGAGCCCAGGAGGUAGUGUACCGCGCCCACCGCCCUACCAGCAACCAUCACAACCACCAGAACAACCAGAACAACCAGAACAACCAGAACAACAAUGGAUACUCUAUAUGGUCACCCCACCAACAGUGCUACAUUGAUCGUCUGGAGAGUGUCCAGUGCCGAUUUCUACGUCUUAUUGGGUGUAGGAUGGGUUACAUGUACCGGGAUGUACCUACCCAGGACAUCAGAAGGUUUCUUGGACUUGAUACCCUGGCCAAGAGGAGGGAAAUCAGUGAUGCCAUGUUCCUGUUCAAGAUACUAAAUGGACGAAUCAACUGUCCUGAUCUGCUUGCGCUGAUUGACCUGCAUGUUUCCCCACCUAGAUCCACUCGUUCCAAUGUGCUGUUUGCUCGCCAACACUGCUCCACGAACUAUGAACUUUAUAGCCCUCUGCCUAGACUGCAUCGACUCGGCAAUCGUCUCUGUCAUUAUGUGGACUUCUUUGACUGCUGUCCACGGGUUGUCAAGAGGAUUGCGUCUUCGGUUCUUGAGGAACAGUUACUGCUGGUGUGCUCAUGCUGUGUGCUGAGUCUAGCACAGUCCGGGGAGCAUGAGGGUAGUACGACGGCCAGUGUACUGCAGGGGGUGCGCUCCGUGUACCAAACCUACAAGCAGUGUCAGUUACUGCUGGUGUGCUCAUGCUGUGUGCUGAGUCUAGCACAGUCCGGGGAGCAUGAGGGUAGUACGACGGCCAGUGUACUGCAGGGGUACGACGGCCAGUGUACUGCAGGGGGUGCGCUCCGUGUACCAAACCUACAAGCAGUGUCAGUAAUCAGUUAUUGUUGCAGGUUACUGCUGGUGUGCUCAUGCUGUGUGCUGAGUCUAGCACAGUCAGGGGAGCAUGAGGGUAGUACGACGGCCAGUGUACUGCAGGGGGUGCGCUCCGUGUACCAAACCUACAAGCAAUGUGAAUCACAAGACAACAACGCCAUGGUGGGCUGCCUUAAGCUGAAAGUCCUGAGGCUUGUAGAGCGAGCUAUCAAGUUGGACAGUAUACCCGUAGCUGACGGUGUAACAUUCGUCAGCAAGCCGGACGCCGGCCAGCGGUCGCUGAACGACUUGUCAGUGGACGAGAACUCUCUACCCCAGGACCCCGAGCAGCGUGACCGCAGGAUAGACGCUCUGCUCUGGGAGAGGUUCGGCAGCUUCUUCCAGACUCAUUCUGUCCAGCUGCAAGUGCCCAAGCUGGUCGAGGAGUCAAAGGCGCUCCUGGACAAUGAGAUCGAGGACGAGGAGGAAGAAAGCAGAGGAAAGAAGAAGAAGUACGCUGGCCCCCUCCUGGUCGGGUUGAUGAUGAAGGGUUUCAUGGUCGCCCUCGCCUACAAGGCCCUCGCCCUCCUGGCCGGUAAGGCGCUCAUCGUCAGCAAGCUCGCCCUUGUGUUGGCCGGCAUCGUCGCUCUCAAGAAGCUGUUCAGUGGUGGCGAGCAGAAGACUACGUAUGAGAUCGUGAAGCAGCCCGUGGUGACUCAUGCACACCAGUACUCCAGCAGUCACGAGCUAGGAGGCCACGGAGACUGGGCUAGCAGUGCCACCGGCGGCUACGGACGCAGCAUCCAGGCGCAGGACAGGAUGGACCUGUCCCCAGCAGUCCACGGUCGUGCCCUGGGCGCCGACACUGUGCCGCCCUACCCUCACCUCAUGGCCUACCGGGCACAGAUACCUCAACAGUACAUUCAACCCGCGCAGAAUUUACCAACCAACAAGUCAACAAUGUACAGUGCUUGGGCUAUCGUUCUCUUUGCUGCUCUGUACACCAACAGCGUGUACUGCAGCUAUUACCACGGUCCCACCGCCAAGCCUGUCGUCCUCCACAACGGCUACCUGGCAGACACCCAUGAAGUAGCAGCAGCCAAGAACGCUCAUCUCGCCGCUCUAGCCAAGGAAUCUCACUACGGAGGAGACUACGGAUACGGUAAUGGCCAGGAAUACAGUGGCUCUUAUGACGGUCAUCAUGGAGACAUCAGGUACCACGGUCCCACCGCCAUCCCACACGUCCUGCAUGACGGACACAUCGCAGACACUCACGAGGUGGCCGCUGCUAAGGCUGAGCAUUUCGCCGCCGUAGCCAAGGCCAAGGCUCAUGGAGGCUACGGUGACCACUACAAUGGCAGAUACGCCUCAGACUACGGUGCCGACCAUGGACACUCCUAUCAUGUGGCACCUUACCAUGGACCCCUCGCCAAGCCCGUGGUGCUCAAGUCCGGAUACCUGGCAGACACUCACGAGGUCGUUGCUGCCAAGCACCAUCAUCUAGACGCGCUGCAUAGGGCCAGUCAUCGCGGUCACUAUGAACACAGUUAUUAAUCUAACCCCUUAUCUCUGCCUGUAAAUAUACCGAUAUAAGAUUUUAAUUUACCGAUAAUUGUCCAUUUUUAUUCAUACACCAAAUCGUUAGAAUUCGCUCUGAUUAACUUACAGACCAGAACUUGUUCUUUACGUAAUGCUGAGCCACGGUUUGGUGAGUUAUACAUCUUACGUUACUCGUAGCUUAACAGUUAAA